AUGAAAACCCCCCGAGGGCCUCUUUUCAAACGAAUAACAAAGUUUUACAGAAAUGUCACCAAAAAUGUCUCUAUUUUUUGCAUGAAUUUGAUAUUCUGCCAUUUUGACCGUGACUUGAUAAUCACCCUGAUCAAGUUACAUAAAAGGAUAUUAAAAAAGUAUGAACAAAAAGGAAAGACACACUUUGAUGAAGAAUAUUUCAUAAUUUUUAAUUAUGUAAUUUAUUCUUAUUUUAAUUUUCUUCUCUCCCAGUUGGACAGCAACAAUUCCGUCCACUUUGAUAUCCCUUAUGAUUUCAACAAUCACAGUGAUGUAGCUGCUUUCAUUUUGAAUACAAAGCAGUUAACAAAAGGGAGGAAGUUCAAUUCGAUCAAAUUAAAGAGACUGCUAACCAGCCAUUAUGCAAUUGGACGAAUAAAUGACAAGGGGAGGUAUCAUGUCGCUACUGAAAAUCCUACACAUGUGCCAAUACAGGAAGAACAACAAAUAAAGGAUAUAAAUGGAAGGGAAAUACUGAGGCGAGGAAAUUUAUAUAAACAAAAUGGAUACAUAAGUUAUGAAUCCGAUCAGAAGAGAGAUAAAUACCCAAAUAGGAAAUUAGUACAAUGUGACAUUGACAAUGGUAUCUAUGAGGAUUCUGAGUUUAGAAAAAGUUGUGCAAAUAGUGCUACUAUCAAUGCAGACAAUAAGGAUACUCGGACUAGUGACGCAAGAAUGGCUACUUCAAUUAGAAAAAAAACGCGCUUUCAUAUGUAUGGAUCGAAAGGAAUUCCAUUUUUCACACCCGUAGGAUGUGAUAAGUUCAGAGAAUAUCAAUUUGUUCAAGAGAUGAAACAUUUAUAUGGGCACACACAAUACUGGAAAUAUCUCAUACAGUUGAAUGUAAAAUGUAGAAUCAGAAACCAACAUAACAGAAAGGAUCUAGAAAAAGAAGGAGAAGCAAAGAAUUUAAAUAAAAACAUCCACAUAGACAUUUAUAAAAAUAUUUACAAUCUAUUUAAACAUAUGAAUAAAAUGCAUUUCGAAAAUGUAGAAAUGAUGAAAAGAAAAAAAGAACAACUGUCAAUAACACAUAAUUAUGAAAUGGAAAAUUUUAUUAAUCAAAAUAAAAUGAUAAAAAAGAAUACUUCUAACGAUGGAGGAAAAAUUAAUGAUAUGGUUUUUAAGCAUAUUGCUGAGAAGGAGGCUUUAUCUAGACACACCGAACACGAAGUAAAGGUAAUGCAACUUAUAAAUUUGAAAGAAUAUAAAAAACAUAUUUUUUACAUCUUUAAUAUUAUACAGAAUGAGAAGAAUGUUUUAUCUUUGCCACCUCUACCAAUGGAUGAAUUCAAAAAAGUUGAGACAGUUGUGAACGAUUCAAUAGAGGAUAAACAAAAUGAAUUUUUUACUUGCACGGGCAAGGGAUAUUGUACACGAUUUGCAUAUAUAAUAAAAUUUUUUCAUUUUUUAUACCUUUACAAAUUGAUUAAAAGUAAGUUAAAUAUAGUAAGUUAUCUUCAUUUCUACAUAAAGCACUCUCUGUGUGACACGUUGAAACUUUCAAUCAUAUUCAGUCUUGGUGAAAUCGAGAACCUGCUUGAAUCCAAUAAAAAGAACAAUGAGGCCUUCAAGGAGAGAUUCUAUGAUUUGUUAAUUCGGUUAUCUCAAGAUUCUUAUGCCUACAGAUGCAUGGUUCAUGAUGAACUGUGCACUCAGAUAUUGCCAAAGUGUUGCAACAUCGAGAAGGCAAAUCACAAAAUAGAAUCAGUCACUCGUGAGAGAACCCUGUUGGAGAAUGAAAAAGUAGAUGCUAACGAACUUUCAAAAGUGAAGAACUCUAUUGCUUAUUCUACAAUUAUUUCGAAUAAUACUACCUCUACUAAUAAUGCAGAUGUUGUAAGGGAAGAGACUAGGUUUCUCGCUUUGGCAGAAAGGGGUUCAAAAUAUUUUGAUAAGAAUGGACGCUUUAGAAGUAGAUGUAUAAGAUCUAUGAAUGAAAAAAACUUUUUUAAAAAGAAUUACGAUAGUACGUACAAAUAUCUUAGAGAUGAUUCUAUUCGAUUUCUAAAUGAGAUGAACUCUUAUGACAUUGGGGAGGAGGAAUCUAAGAAUCAUCUAAACAAAAUAAGCAUAAAAGAUAAAAAAUUAAAUGGGCUUAUCCUAUACAUGAAUGAAGAUAUAAAUAAUUUUUGUAAAGAAAAUAUAUACAAAAACCUUUUUAACAUCAGUAUGCAGAAAACAGACUUUAUCUUUCCUACCUUGAAAGAACAGCUAGCUAUGUUCCACGAGUUUAUAAGUGUUCAUCCGAAAGACAAUUGUAUGGAAGAUAAAUAUGUACAAAAGGGACAUGAACAUGUUCAGGCAAAAAAGCGCCAGAGAGGCGGCUCUAGGCGCGCUAACGGAACAAAAUUACGAUGUGGAAAUAUCAUCAUAACAAGACAUACUAAUUUGAAAAUAGGAAUGAGCAAAAGCAGCACGACAAGCAGCUCGAUAAAGAACCCCCAAAACAACUCGAUAAAGGAUCCGAAAAACAACUCGAUAAGCAACUCUAGCUGUAGAGCCAGUUCUACUGAAGAAGAAGAAAAAAAGAAAAAAGUGUCACCAUAUGAUAUCACAGCGAUUAAACAGCACGCAAAUGAAUUUUUCACUUUGAGUAAAAUUAAUACUAGUAAUGUAUUCCCUCCCCCACCGAUGGUGCCAAUUUAUGACAAAUUUAGAAAAAGUAGUCAUAAUUUUAUGAAUAAUCAAGAGGGCGGGAAAAAAGCAUACGAGUCGGAGGAAAAAAGAAAUAAGAAUUUUUAUAAAAAUUAUUCAAAUUAUCCAAAUUAUUCAAAUUAUUCAAAUUAUUCAAAUUAUCCAAGUUAUCCAAAUUAUCCAAAUUAUUCAAAUUAUCCAAGUUAUCCAAAUUAUUCAAAUUAUCCAAGUUAUCCAAAUUAUCCAAAUUAUUCAAAUUAUCCAAGUUAUCCAAAUUAUCCAAAUUUUUUAAAAAAAAAAAAAAAUAUCAACGUGGAUAUAAUUUACCAUGUGAUAAUACCAAAGAAUGCAAACAGAAAAAGUUUUCAAAUUAUACUACUUUCUAUAUUUAAGAUAUUAGAUUUGUGUAAAAUGCACAAUGUUUCUUCAUUAUCGUGUUCUCUUCCAUAUGUGCAUAAUGUUGUUUAUAACAAUAAACGUCCCGUUGUGUAUGCAUUUAUGUAUUCUCUUAUUUUCAGUAUUCUGAAUUAUGUGAAAUGUACACAAUCGUCUGCUAAUCAGAUAAAAGUUCUACAUUUCAUUUUACCAAAUCUGAACUACUCUGAGGGGUGCAAUCACAAGCAUGAUGGGAUGGUGGACACAGAACAAUAUAAGCAGCAGAACACGAACAAGAUACGCUCAAAAAAUGAAGAAGGUGAGGAAGAGAAGAAGGAGAUAGGAUCUAUGAAUGUUAUUAAACAAAAGAACCAUCAUCAUAGAUGCAAGAAAAUUCCGAAUCAAGGUUCUGGUAGACAAUCUGAUGGGAGGAUAUCCAGCAUAACUUCAUUUAUUCACAAAGUUCAGGAGGAUUUGCGUAAAAAAUUCAUGCUAAUUGAAAGUGUUUGA